GAUGCUGAUCAGCCAAAGACAAAAUUAUCCGAAACAACCUCUGUUAUCAAUACCGCCACCUCCACUCAACCAACUGAAAGUUUAAUUACCCUUGGUGGUAAUAGUACAUCUCCAACAUUAUCGUUACCAACAAAUCAAGUUCAUCUUCACAAAAAUGAAGCAAUUCCAACGCAAAAUUCUACACCUUACGAUGAUGAAAAGACUCCCGAAAAUGGCGUGAAGAAUCCUUCCCUUCCAUCCAAACCGAAACAACCUUCGGAACAAAAUGUUCCUAUAACCCCGGACAAUCCGGUGCUUCCUCCAAUAAAUUCACCUCCAAUUAAUAAUCCUCCAAAUCACAAAACGGAUGAGAUUCCUAAAACUUCAAAACCUGCGAUAGUAGGAAUGAUAUUCGCAAUAAUUUUAGCAUUGAUUGUUCUUGUAAUUAUAAUAAGAAAAGUUAGCUUUAACAAGAAUUAUUUUAGACAACGAACUCUUCAUCAACAAUUAACAUUAACUAAAGAUAGAAUUGAAGAUAUAAGUAGUAAUGUUACUAAUAUUUAUAGUCAUACUUUAGAUAAUCUAGAAAAUUCUGAUAUAAAGCAUGAUAGUAUUGAUAGUAGUUUAAAUAUAAGUGUAGAUAUUCAUAUUCCUCCUAAAAUUGUAAAUUGGGAAGAAUGUAUGAGAUAA